AUGUGGGCAAAAAAUCGCCGGGAAGGUCACGGUACUUGGAUUUGGGGAGAAAAGUCGCCAUCAGCAGGUGAUCGCUAUUCGGGCGAAUGGCAUUUAGAUAAGAAGCAUGGGCAAGGAGAAUACAUUCAGGCCAAUGGCGAUGUCUAUAUUGGAGAAUUCAAAAAUGAUAAACGUGAUGGGAACGGUAUUUAUCGUAUACGUAAUACUGAUGAAUCAUUAGAUGUUACUUAUAGUCAAGAUGAGUUUGUGACUCCAACGAAUAUCUCGAGUGCCUGA